CGGCUCUUGUCCGCUUUGGACGUCCGGCUGUAGCUAUGCGGUCAAGGUUUCUUCGGAGUGUUUUUCGGGGCUUUUGGGCCCGGCAUGCUGCUGGCCCGGCCCGCCGACACGUAAGCUGCGGUAGCCUUGCACUGGAGGAGCUAUUCGCCCGCGGCGGACCCCUACGGACCUUCCUCGAGCGCCAGGGAGCGUCUGAAGUCCAGUUGCAGGUCAGGCGGCCUAAGCUGGUGGCGGUGGCCAAGCUUCUGAACGAGAAGGAGCAGGAGCUGCAGGAGAUCGGGCACCUGCUACACGAUGAAAAUGAAGACUUAAGGAAACUUGCAGAGAGUGAAAUAACUUCAUGUCAGAAAGAAAUAGCUCAAUUGAAGCAUCAGAUUAUCUUACUUUUGGUUCCCUCAGAAGAAACGGAUGAAAAUGAUUUGAUCCUGGAGGUAACUGCAGGAGUUGGGGGUCAGGAGGCAAUGCUGUUUACUUCAGAGAUAUUUGAUAUGUAUCAGCAGUAUGCUGCAUUUAAAAGAUGGCAUUUUGAAACCCUGGAAUAUUUUCCAAGUGAAAUAGGUGGCCUUAGACAUGCAUCUGCCAGCAUUGGGGGUUCAGAAGCCUAUAAGCACAUGAAAUUUGAAGGAGGUGUGCACAGAGUUCAGAGAGUGCCCAAGACAGAGAAGCAAGGCCGCAUCCACACCAGCACCAUGACUGUGGCGAUCUUACCCCAACCCACUGAGAUUAAUCUGGUGAUUAAUCCUAAAGAUUUGAGGAUUGAUACUAAGCGAGCCAGUGGAGCUGGGGGGCAGCACGUAAAUACCACAGACAGUGCUGUCCGGAUAGUUCAUCUCCCGACAGGUGUUGUUUCUGAAUGCCAACAAGAGAGAUCUCAACUGAAAAACAGAGAGAUGGCUAUGAAGAAGUUACGUGCAAAACUAUACAGCCUGCGUGUAGAAGAAGAAACAAGUAAACGAUACAAUGCUAGAAAGAUUCAGAUUGGCACUAAAGGAAGGUCAGAGAAAAUAAGAACAUACAAUUUUCCACAGAACCGGGUCACAGAUCACAGAAUAAACAAGUCACUUCAUGAUCUUGAAACUUUUAUGCAAGGAGAGUACCUACUGGAUGAACUUGUACAGUCAUUGAAGGAUUAUGCUAAUUAUGAAUCUUUGGUAGAAAUUAUUUCCAACAAAGUUUAAGUUGAUUUGUUAUUAAAGACUUGUAUAGCUUAUGAAAAUUCUAUUAUAGCAAGUCACACUGUGUACAUACAGUAUUCUCUUGAAACACAUGAGUUAACACAGUUGGGAGUAACAUGUUUUUAAUACAUAGGUAAUUUAUA